UUCAAACCAGACUGUUCCACCUCUUGCUUAGCUUUUGCAGGUUCCACCUACUCACAAAGGGCAUCGAGAGGUGAAGACACCAUGUCUGAGGGAACUUACCAACGCCUCUGGGAUGCCUCCCACGAGACUCUCGAAUUGGUGCUGGAAAAAGAGCCAUCUCUGCUCGAACCUGUGCCCAGCCGGGAGCGGCAGAGCUUCCAGUACAGGAUCUCGGUGCUUUACCUGUACUACCUGGGGCUGCUGCGCCGCUUCAACCUGGCCUAUGACCAGAUGGUGCAGCCACAGAAGCGUAGGUUGCUGAGGCGCCUUCUGGACGGCGUGGCGGGACGCGUGCUGGAGCUCAAGGACGAGCUGGUGCGCGUUGACCUGUGCGAGACCCACUGCCUUGACCGAGUGUUGCAAGAUCUCAAGCUGACCCCGGCAGACCUGGAGGUUCCCAUCCCCAAAUAUUUUCAGCUGGAGCAGUCCAGCGCCAUGAAGGCACGUCAGCAGAUGCUGGCCGAGAUCCUGAACAGACUGGAGCCACUGGUUUCUCAGGAGAAUAUUCGAGGAUUGACCCGGACUGAGGCCCUGAUUCUAGUGCAAAGCGCUGAACGGGCAAGGCAGGGCCGACUUCGAGCCACCUUCAUGCGAGAGAUCCGCAAAGAGGAGGAACGGGAUCGGAGGAUUCGGGAGAAUGGGCGACAGAAAUUCAGUCAGGACCAGGGAGCCAUUGUCAUACAAAAGGUGUGGAAAGGUUACCUGCAGAGGAAGCGCAUCGAGCAGGAUCGACGCGUAGAGAUGGAGUUUAUCGGCAUGCUCCCCUCGCCCAACCAGACAGCACGCCUGAAUAUCCUUUCCCAGGCCUUUAUGGGGGAGGAGUCACGGAGGACCCGGCAGGUGGAAAAGGAAGAGGAAUUCCAGGAAGCCAUAGGGAAGACCCAUGAGUCUCUCACGGAGACUGAGGGACCCGACAUGAAGGAGAGGAUGAAGGAUCAAAUACGACAAUGGUUUAUUGAAUGCCAUGCCCUUACUGGUCGGUUCCCUGAUUAUCCAGAUGAGGCUUCAGGUGGAUCCUACCUGAUCUUUGCAGACAAGACUCCAGAACAGGUGAGACUAGAACUGGAAGCACAAGCCCAGGAGAGUAGAAAGAAGGACCAAGAGAAGACUAAGGAGAAAGAGAAGGAAAAAAAGGAGAAGAAGAAAAAGAAAACCAAAGAAGAAAAGGGCAAGAAGGAGCCAGAAGUGAUGUUCAAAGUCCUACCAUCCAAAUCUAUCCCCGUGAUUAAUGCUGGUCACGAGGAAUACACAAGUAUGUGGAAGAGCCGGUAUGACAACAAACACCCCAGCCAGAACUUUGACUCUGAGACCCUCCGGGAGGAGAAAAGAAAGCAAGUGGAGAUGGAGAUCCGGGCACAGGUGGAUGAGCUAAUGAGACAGGAACUGAAGAAUUUACGGCUGGCUGUGGACAAGGAGGAGACUAGACCCCUCAAGUCUCCAAAGAAAAAAGGUGGGAAAAAAAGUGGAAAGAAGAAGAAGGAAAAGGAUCUGACCCCAGACAGGACUGUGGACUCACUGUAUGAAGAGCUUGUUGUUGUUGGCCUUAUAAAGAAGUCUGUGCUGGUGACACUGAAUGACUACAUUGGUGAUUGCCUCUAUCUCGGGUCCACUCUGACUUUGGCAAACAAGAUGCCCAUGCCUUCCCUGUUUGAUAUACGGCAGAACAUGGCGCUGUAUGGGGUUCUCCGGCUGGGCUCCCAUGACAUACAUACCAUGGCUCCCCAUGUCCGCUCCAUCCUCCUGGUGGGACCCCCUGGCAUGGGGAAAAAGAUGUUGGUUCAAGCGGUGUGCACAGAAACUGGUGCCAACCUGUUUGACCUGUCACCUGACAACGUGAUGGGCAAAUACCCAGGAAAGAACGGAGCACAGCUACUGGUGCACAUUGUCUUUAAGGUGGCCCGGGUCCUCCAGCCCUCUGUCAUUUGGAUUGGAAAUACUGAGAAAACCUUUUACAAGAAGAUCCCGAAGGAAGAAAGGAAGUUGGACCCAAAGAGGAUAAAGAAAGACCUCAUGAAGGCCACACGACAGCUGAGCCCUGGCGACCGAGUGAUGCUGAUCGGGACUACGGAACGCCCACAAUUGGCUGAGAUGAAGGGGCUGUGCCGGUUCUAUGAGCGCAUCCUCUUCAUGCCCCGGCCUGAUUAUGCUUCUCGUUAUGUGCUCUGGAAACGGAUGAUAGAGAACCAAGGAAUGGGUGUGCAGCUGACCCCGAGUCUGGACAUUAGUGCCCUGGCUAGGGUGUCUGAUGGCUACACACCCGGUCACAUCCUGCAGUCUGUCCAGUCAGUGCUGACAGAACGCCGGCUCCUUCAGCUGACCAAGAAGCCACUGGUCGCCUCCGAAUUUGUGGGACACUUGGCAAGGCUGAAUCCAGUAUUCAGGGAGGAGGAAGAAACCCUUAAGGAAUGGUUUUUCAAGACUCCACUGGGGAAAAAGAAUAUGAAAUUUACCAAGGAACAACUGGAGGCUGAGGAGGCCAGACUGGCAAAGGAGAAGAAGAAGAAAAAGUGAUGGUCUCUGCUGUAGGGUGUGAUGUGGUAAAUGGUGGGUGCCUCCAGAGUUAAGGGUGUGACAGACACAUAAAGGCCCAGGUGGCUCUCUUCUCUUG